CUCUAUUAAGCUUUUCUUUUGAACAUCUGCUUACUAUUGGUGUUAUUCUCCCUUUAAUUUUUUUGUUUAAUAUACAUAUUAAACUAUUUAUUUACUCACAUAAUGGGUUUAAAAGAUAUUGGGUCCAAAUUGCCACCGGGGUUUCGGUUUCAUCCAAGCGACGAAGAGUUAGUUUGUCAUUAUCUUUGCAACAAGGUUAGGGCCAAAUAUGGCCACGGUGAUGUUGAGGAUGAUGACGUUGAUGAAGCCUUGAAGGGUGCUACUGAUCUUGUGGAGAUUGACUUGCAUAUUUGUGAGCCAUGGCAACUUCCUGAAGUGGCAAAGCUGAAUGCAAAAGAGUGGUACUUCUUCAGUUUUCGUGAUAGAAAAUAUGCCACUGGAUAUCGCACAAACAGAGCGACGGUAAGUGGAUAUUGGAAAGCAACAGGGAAAGAUCGGACGGUGAUGGAUCCACGAACAAGCCAAUUGGUAGGGAUGAGAAAAACACUGGUCUUCUACAGGAAUAGAGCACCAAAUGGAAUCAAAACUACUUGGAUCAUGCAUGAGUUCCGUCUUGAAUGUCCAAACAUGCCACCUAAGGAAGACUGGGUCUUGUGCAGAGUGUUCAACAAAGGCAAAAACCUGUCCCUACAAGACAGUAACUAUAACAACGAUCAUAAGACGCAAAGGUUUGAGGUUAAUGACGCUCCUAAUUACAACAAUCAAUUGCAGCCCUUACUAUCAUCCCCUCCUUCCACCACCAUCGACCCUCCACAUAAUCAUGAUCAGUGGGAGCAGCUAAUGAAACAGCCUACAAGGAUCACCGAGAAUCCCUAUCAUCACCAUUGUCAACAUCAAUCCAUAGCAUGUGGUUGGGAGCAGAUGAUGAUUGGGUCGAUGUCGUCAUCGUCGAGCCAUGGUCCUGAUCACGAGUCCUUACUAAAUUUGCUCUACGCCGACAAAAACAAGAGUGUCAACAUCGCUGCUGAUCAUCAUGAUCAGAACUAUGAGAAGACACUGUUGUCAUCAGACAUCACGAGUUUUGAUCACGACAAGACAUGUAUGGGGUCAUCAUUCGAUGGUGGUAUGGUCUCUGAUCUUCACAUGGAAUGUGGUGGCUUGAGUUUUGAGACCGAGAACCUCCUUGCUUUCCAUUGAAAACGUAUAGCUACACAAAGGUUUUUACAUAUAUAUUCGUGAAAUAUACAUAUAUAUAGUAUAUGUAGAUUUAUCAAAUUAUCAUACAUUUAAGUUGUGUGGCUUUGGGCAUAGUGUAAUUGUGAUUCUAGGUUUUUUAGGAAGUUAUUACAGUUAGUGUUUUAUAGUUU